AAUCAUGCGUGACGUUAAUUAUUUUUUUGUAAUGAAUUUAUUAUAGAUUUUUUAUAAAAUAUGGCCAAACGUUUAAAAUUGGAUGUGUUAAAUGUAUUAUCAGGAUAUCAAAAUUUUCAUAACCUUCUUGCGGGUCAGGAAUCAAGAAUAUAUAAUGGAUUUUCUAGAUUGGUCGUUCCGAGGCCUAUACCGACACGUAGACCGGACUGUAAAUAUUACCAACAGGACUAUGUAAAAAGGCCGACACAAGACUUCGCUAAACUUGUUCUUUCAGAACCAUUGAAAUACAAAACGAUGACGCGCAAACUUUCGAAUACUCCCCUAACUGGAAAAUGGCUCACUACGGUGCACAGCUACCCAAGUGUCCCGCCCGGAUGCGGUAUCCCGUCGGGAAACUCUUACAGCUUUUACUAUGACGUUAAGAAUCCGAAAUGUCCUCCUCCUGCACCCAAAGUUCCAGAAGAUCCUUGCUGCAAACCAAAAAAAAAGGCUCCCGUUUGUCCCGAAGAACCCAAAUGUGACCCCUGUGGUAAAAAGGUUAAGCCGCGAGAUCCAUGCGAACCAAAUCCACGCAAAGGGAAGUGCAACUUCACUGUCCCAAUGAAAUUAUGCAGAUUCUAUAGUACUAAAGGAUGUCCCAAAAGGGGUGACGGAGGUGGUAAAAAAAAAUGUGGCGGUGGAGGAGGAGGAGGAGGUGCCAAAAAAGGUAAGUGUGGUGGAGAUGGAGGUGAAAAACCUAAACCUUGUGCUAGUAAAAAUAAAUCUGGCGGUGGAGGUGUUUGUGGUGCUAAAAAAUCAGGAGGAGAUGGAAAACCAAAAGCUUGUGGUAGCAGAAAGAAAUCAGGCGGUGGGGGUGUUUGCGGUGCUAAAAAAGGAGGAGGUAUGAAAACAAAAUCUUGUGGUAGCAGAAAGAGUUCUACCAGAUCGUGUGGCGCAAAAAGUGGAAAGGAAAAUACGUGUGCAUCACACCGCGCUAAACUCCCGACCCGAACAUGCGGUGGGGGGGGCUCAAAAUCGGGAAAGUGCGGGGGGGCAAGAACUAAACCUAGCAAGUCCAAGUGCGGAAAGUAAAGUGGAUGGAUUUAUUUUAUAUUUAUUUGUGAGAAAAAUAAUGUUGUUGACCACCGAUUGUUACCUGUGACUUUCAUUUAUUAAAUUUUUAUAA